GUGGGGCUGGGCCCAGGUCACGGCAAGCAGAGCUUGCUGUCAGCCCACGAUCCAUUUAGCAAGUCCGAGGUGGAGCUUAGGCGGUGCCCUUGGGCUGUGGGCUGGCGCAGAGACAGGGCUGAGGCGUGGAGCGGGGAGAGCUGCUGCCUGAGAAAGAGGUCAGGAGUAGGAGGCUGGGUUGGGGACCGGUCUAUUUUGGACAGGCCUUCUGGAGGCGCCAGCCUCGGGGCCUGGGGAGGAGUGGAGUGGAAAAUUUUCUAGCACACCUCUGCUAGCCCCGGGAAGCAGCUGCACUGAACCUUACCCGCCUGUGCCCUCCACUUCUCUGCAUUUAUGUGCAGCUCCAAACACACUUGAUGCAUUUGUCUACUCGCUACUGAUUUUUCUUGGUCAUGUUUAUAUGCAAGCGGUGCUAAGCAAUGUUUCGGGUCUCUUUCGCUCAAACUUCAAAAAUUGCUGGAAACUGGCGACCCGUGGUUUUUCCUUCUUUACUCUUCGCGGAUGGUCGUCGGUCCGGUGUGUGCUCACAGUGGUCCCUGAGUCCACGCUGGUGGCCGGCCAGCUGGCGGACUGGCGGCGCCCGAGCACGAUUGGCAGCGCACCUGGCCUGGUUUCUAGCGGGGUUGGUUUCCCGUGUGCCCGCAGGGAAACCGAGGGAGGGCGCACGCCCACUCGCGCACAGCCGGGGGCGCUAACUCGGUGUCCCAAGCAAGUAGCUGAUGGUAGCGAAAUAGACCCUUGCUGUAUUUUAGACUCCUUCCUACCCUUGGUUUUCGUUUGUAUGGUGGUGAUGGUUGGUCUUCAAUCUUGUAAAAAGCUGUGUUUUCACCGAAAUAAUUCAGACCUUCUGCUCCUAAACAAAAGGGAGCAGAGGGAAAGAGAAGGGGACUGGAGGGGGAGAUGAGUGGUGUCUCCGUACACGUACACGGAGAGGACAGAACCACACCCUACUUCAAGACAGCUUCCUGUUUGCUGCUGCCAACUGCCACCCCAAGGAGAACACAAAUGCUUCCGUUAUUAGCGACUGCUGUCGGACCACCAAAGCCUCUUCUGGGUGCCGCCGCGAGCUUCGCCGUGAGCUGGGACUUUGCACCUCUAGAGACUGUGGCCUGCACUCCUGAAAUUGGAGAGAGAAGACACGGUUCAAUGUGUAGACCUUCUCCCUCUCCGGCGUCUCCACCCUCCAAUGCCCGGACAUCACUAGUACAGGUGAAAACAAAAGCCUGUCUCAGCGGCCAUACCUCUGCCAGCAGCUCCUCAAAGCCAUUCAAAACGCCCAAAGACAAUCUCCUAACCUCCAGCAGCAAACAGCACACAAUCUUUUCAGCGAAGGGAUCAAGGGACAAAGCAUGUGUUCCGGUUCCCGUAGUCAGUUUAGAGAAAAUUCCUAACCUAGUGAAGGCAGAUGGUGCCAAUAUCAAAAUGAACUCUACAACCACUACUGCGGUCACUUCCUGCUCCACCUCAUCCUCUGCCGUCUCCACCCCACCUGUAAUUAAGCCGGUCUUGAUGUCCAAGUCAGUGCCACCUUCCCCAGAGAAGAUCUUAAAUGGCAAAGGAAUUUUGUCUGCCACCAUAGACAAGAAACACCAAAAUGGCACCAAAAACAACAACAAGCCUUACAGGAGACUUUCAGAGAGAGAAUUUGACCCAAAUAAACACUGUGGAGUAUUGGAUCCCGAGACAAAGAAACCUUGCACAAGAUCCCUCACCUGCAAGACUCAUUCACUAAGCCAUCGGAGGGCAGUCCCAGGCCGGAAAAAGCAAUUUGACCUCCUUCUGGCGGAACACAAAGCCAAGUCCCGGGAAAAAGAAGUUAAAGAUAAAGAGCAUCUCCUGACUCCGGCAAGGGAAGUACUUCCAAAUCCAUCCGGGCCAGCGCAGGACUCGCUGCCGGGAUCUUCAGGGAGCUUGGGCCCAGAACCUAAAGUCGCGUCCCCUGCAAAAUCCAGGCCACCUAACUCUGUGCUUCCUAGACCGUCAUCUGCAAAUAGCAUAAGCAGCAGCACAUCUUCAAAUCACAGUGGCUACACUCCGGAACCCCCUCUACCCCCAGUUGGAGGUGACCUCGCCAGCCGACUGUCAAGUGAUGAAGGAGAGAUGGACGGAGCCGACGAAUCCGAGAAGUUCUUAGACUGUCAUUUCUCCACCCACCACCCCAGACCUCUUGCGUUUUGCUCAUUCGGGAGUCGCCUCAUGGGACGGGGGUACUAUGUGUUUGAUAGAAGAUGGGACCGUUUUCGAUUCGCACUAAACUCCAUGGUAGAAAAACACUUGAAUUCACAGAUGUGGAAGCACAGAAACCCGAGCCACAGGGCAUCAGGUCCCUCCCCCCUUUUCAGGACUUGCCUAACCAAUCUGCUGUCACUGAGCAACAUUGGGGCUGCCUGGGUGUCAACUCUGGAGAGCGUAGCACCCCGCUGCCCUCUCAACCUCACUGCCCAAACCCCAGGCCCCGACGGGCCCGAACCUGGAGGGAUGGCAGCCGAUGGGGGCGUGGAAGACAUUAGGAAGAAAAGGAACGGCCAAGACUCUUUUUUCUUUAACAAGCAUUUAACUCUGCAUCAGGAGACGCCAACACAGUAUUCUCUUUCAGCCAGGAAGAUCCCUCCUGCGGCAGAUAGCCCCAUGCCCUCGCCAGCAGCCCACAUCACCACCCCUGUUCCAGCAUCCGUUUUACAGCCUUUCAGCAACCCCAGUGCUGUGUAUCUUCCUUCAGCUCCCAUCAGCUCGAGACUCACCUCUUCUUACAUAAUGACAUCAGCCAUGCUCUCAAAUGCAGCUUUUGUGACAUCGCCGGACCCGAGCGCCCUCAUGUCACACACCACAGCUUUCCCUCAUGUGGCCGCAACCCUCAGCAUCAUGGACUCAACCUUCAAGGCCCCAUCCGCCGUGUCCCCGAUACCGGCUGUCAUCCCUUCCCCAUCCCACAAGCCAUCCAAAACCAAAACCAGCAAAUCCUCAAAAGUCAAAGACCUGUCCACCCGUAGCGACGAGUCUCCAAGUAACAAAAAGAGGAAGCCGCAGUCUUCGACUUCCGCCUCUUCCUCCUCCUCCUCCUCCUCCUUAUCCCUGCAGACAUCCCUCUCGUCCCCAUUAUCAGGGCCCCACAAAAAGAACUGUGUUUUGAAUGCCAGUUCAGCUUUGAACUCCUAUCAGGCAGCCCCUCCCUAUAACAGUCUGUCUGUGCACAACUCAAACAACGGGGUGAGCCCACUUAGUGCCAAACUGGAGCCCUCAGGACGGACCUCGCUGCCCGGCGGCCCUACGGACCUAGUGAGACACGUGGGCUCGGGGGGCGGCAGCAGUGACUCCUGUCCCCUCUCUGUGCCCUCCCUUGCAGGGGACCUCUCUCUGGCCUCACACAAUGCCGUGUCUUCUCUGCCCCUCUCUUUUGACAAAUCAGAAGGAAAAAAGCGUAAGAACUCAAGUUCUAGUAGCAAAGCCUGUAAAAUCACUAAAAUGCCUGGAAUGAAUAGUGUUCACAGGAAGAACCCACCCAGCCUUCUUGCACCGGUGCCCGAUCCUGUUAACAGCACCUCCUCUCGGCAGGUUGGGAAAAAUAGCAGCCUAGCUUUGUCACAAUCCAGUCCUUCAAGCAUAUCCAGCCCAGGACACAGCCGACAGAAGACCACAAACAGAACGGGCAGGAUAAGGACUCUUCCAUAACAAGACUAUGAAGCCACUUCCAAACCAAUGCCUGGCCACGGGACCUCACCCCAGGAGGCCAAGGCCAAGGGGAGGGAGGGGUGUGGGCAGUGGGGAAGAGUCUGUUUCCUGUGCCCUGCCUGUGGCUCUGGCCUUUCUUCUUCUUUUUUUUAAUUGACCAAUUUUUAGUUUUGAGGAAAAAGAAAAAGGCAAAAAGAACGUGAAUUUGAGAUUUACAGAAAACAA